AUGGACAGAAUGGGAACAGACAUAAUAGGAAUAUCUGAGAUGCGAUGGCCUGAACCAGGAGACUUCAGAUCAGGAAAUUAUCGUAUCAUUCAUACAGGUAUAUGUAGAACAUGCCUGUUUGUUCUUGGACAAUGUGUUGAUUUUGUUCGUCAGAAAACAGUAUCAGCGAUAAAACGGAUAUCAGCUGACCCUGAUGUCGACACUGAACGUCCACGCCCAGUGGGGACGCAGCGGAAGGACGGCUGCGGCACCUUCACGCGCCAGAGGCCAACACACUGCAGCCCACCAGUAUAUAAGCUGGUCUUCUGCGGCUCUGCUGUACACUGCAGUAGUGCAGACAGCAGCAGAGAGCAGAAGACAGCAGCAGACGCCUACCACCGACACUAUGAAGUGCUUGCCGUGGCCCUGGCCAAGCCCGGCUACCUGGGAGCCGGCGUCGUCGCCCCCGCCGUCGCUGCCGCCCCUGGCAUCGCUGCUGCUGUCCAGCCUGCACCAGUACUUGUGGGUGGUAUCCACCCAGGCCUAGCAGCCUACGGUCCAGCCAACAUCGUCGUCGGGCCUGGUGGCUACAACCUGGACACUGCUGACGUGGCUGCAGCUAGGGCCGCCCACCUGGCCGCCGUCGCCCAGACGAGGCAGUGCCCACAGCAGCAGACAUCUACCACUGACACCAUGAAGUGCUUGAUUGUCCUGAGUGCUGUGCUCGCCGUGGCCCUGGCCAAGCCCGGCUACCUGGGAGCCGGCGUCGUCGCCCCCGCCGUCGCUGCCGCCCCUGGCAUUGCUGCUGCUGUCCAGCCCGCACCAGUACUUGUGGGUGGUAUCCACCCAGGCCUAGCAGCCUACGGUCCAGCCAACAUCGUCGUCGGGCCUGGCGGCUACAACCUGGACACCCCUGACGUGGCAGCCGCAAAGGGCGCCCACCUGGCCGCCGUCGCCCAGACGAGGGCCCGCGACGCCGCCAUCAACGGCGCCGCCCUCGCCGCCGCCUCUGCCGCCGCCUACGGCGCCUACGCCGCCCCCGCAGUGGUCGCCGCUCCCGCAGUGGCUGCUGUGGCGCCGGCUGCCUACGCUGCCCCUUCGGCUGCCUUGUUGGCUGCCAAGGCUGCCUAUCACGGUUGA